AUGGACCAGCUCCCGGAGACUGCCCUGCGGAGGCCCUGCCCUGCCCCCAAGCCAGCCUCUCCCCAGUCCCUGCGCAGCGAGAUCCCCCCCACCCCCACCUCAUCCCGAAAAUCUCUCAAGCAGUGGAACCCCGCGGCUGGGCGAAUCCCCACCUCGUCCGUAGAUGAAGCCGAGGAGUGGCCGGGGCGCCCCCAAAGCCAUCCCCCAGCACCCCCAGUCCAGGCCCCCUCGACGUCACGCCGGGGCCUCAUUCGAGUCACUACGCAGCGAGCCCUGGGCCAGCCUCCCCCUCCGGAGCCCUCAGCCAGCUCCAUGGCUUCAGCCCCAGCCUCCAGCCCCCCAGCCAACGCGACCGCACCUCCCCUGCGCUGGGGGCCCCUGCGGCGGGUGCUGAGCUUUUCCUGGGAGCUGCACGUCUACGGGGUGGGGGUGCUUUUCCUGUUGCCUGCGUUGUUGGCACUGGCCAUGCUGGCAGCCGCCCCUGCGGGGCCCCGGCUAGCACUGGUGGCCGCAGUGCUGGUGCUCGUGGCUUCGGGGCUGCGAUCUGCCUACAUGCUCACCGACCCUUACGGUUCGCAGGCGCGCCUUGGCGUCCGCGCCGGCCUGGUGCUGUACAAUCUGCCCUUCCCCUUGCUGCUCACGGCGCUGGCCGCCCUAAGCCUGCUCGGCCUGGGCGCGGGGCUGCCACAGCAGCUGCAGAACCCUCUCCUGCUGGGAGCUUUGGCGUUGGUGCACUGCGUGGGGCUGCUCGCUACACUUCCUAGGCCACUUGAGGACUCACAAACCCACCUGAUCCUAGGAGCCCACCCCAAUGGCCCUUCCCUCUUCCGUGGCCGGUGCCGGUCGCUCAGCGACGUGCGCGUGCGCGGCCCGGUCCCACCGCACGUGGUGGACGAGCCCGACGCUGCGGCCGCGGCGGCUUCUGGCAGCUCCCUAGACAGCUUCUCCAGGGGCUCGCUCAAGAUCAGUUGGAACCCUUGGCGCCAUGGGCUGUCGUCGGUGGACAGUCUGCCCUUAGAUGAGCUGCCCAGCACGGUGCAACUGCUGCCUGCCCCGACCCCAGCCCCUGCCCAUGUUCGGCCCGGGGAUCCCCAGGGUGAGGUCCAGCCGCGCUGCAAGCCCGGGGACUCCCGUAGCGCCUCCAGUGAUACCAUCGAGCUCUGAGGGGUCCUGACGCAGGACCAGGAGCCUACCCUGGAUGCUCGCAUAACAUGGCUGACUGGGACAGUUAAGCGUUUGAAAAACUGGCAUCCCCGGGCCUCCAGACUGCAGUCCCAGGGGACAGUCGGGCGUCAGUCCCUCCCCCAUCCCCGUUUUUUGUUUAAAUAUUUCUAUUUUUCUCAGUGGGUAUUUUGCACAGAGACCGUGACUUAUCCGGAAUACAGGGUGAACGUGCAUGGAUUUGGGCAUGGGGAACCGGGACCAGUGUCCCAGACUUCCCAGUGUAGAGAGAUUAAUCUACCUUAUCCAGAUUGACUGUCCUCUUUGUGCCAAAGAAAUAAACCCUUAGGACUUGGCUCA